CUACAAGACAUUUACACUACACUCAAAGAAGCACUCUACACUACACACUUAUAUAUCAACACACAACAACUUCACAAUGUCGAACCCUACAUACAAGAACGCCAACGUCUCUGAGACAACUCUCGUUGACACGACAAAGCCUUCAACAAGUACCAAGCCUGGUCUUGAAACCACACCAUAUAAGCCUUCACUCAAGGAAAAGAUCCAGAGGAAGCUCGCAGGCUCAGUCGACCCUACAAAAAAGCCAGCCGACCCCUACAAGUCAUGGGAAGCUCGAUCAGUAGCACUGCUCUAAAUGGACCGAGAUAUGACACCGUGAAUUUUAGCUAGAGAUUCGGACGUAUGGGAGCACGCUAUGGUUGAACUUGUCUUUUUCUUUUUUGUUGGCUGGAGAUAUCCCUGUAUCAGAAUGAACUGAUCUGUCGCUUUUGCCUUAUGAUCUAAUAGAACACUUUGG